UGUUGGAGAUUCUUCCCAGUACAAACGGGAAAACGCACAGUACAGAUUGCCACCGAGAGGAACCUGAGAUAGACGUAUUAUCUUACAAUCUGACUUGCCACCAAAAUGACGGAGCUCACAAACGUCACUGUGGAAAUAUCAUCAUCUGACAUCUGUAAGAGUGUUUUUCUCAACCCUGCCUUUGAAGUUGAAGGUCAUUUAGAAGACAGCAGGGAAUGGGACAAAUCUCUCACUAAUGCUGAGUCGAGGCCAGCUACUGCGCAUGGGUGGCUCGAUUUCAGCCUGAUGCGUCUGCGCAGACCCUGCAGCGGCUGCGGGGCUAUUCUGGUGGCUCUGUUCAUCCUGCUGUUAAUCACAGUCAUGGGUCUGGUCCUUGUUCUCGUCCUCAUAAACGUAAAGGAUGAAAACGCUCAGGAAGAAGUGAUCAUGACUCCAUUAGGUUCAUCGAGUGGAGUUCUCCUAUCUGUACCCACGAGAUCUAGCUCUCCAUACUUCACAGAUGUUUCACAUGUGGAAGUAGAUGUUGCUUCUCCUAAGUGUGGGGGUAUCCUCACUGACCCAGCUGGCUCUUUCAGCUCCCCUAACCAUCCCGGUCCCUACCCGCCAGACACCCUCUGUUUGUGGGUGAUCCGGGUGCCCCCGCCCGCCCUGGUCCAGCUGCGUGUGUCUUCCCUGGCUGUGGAGGGACCCCACCCCUGUCUCUUUGAUUGGCUGGAGCUCAGAGAGGAGAUAGAGGAGGCCGCCUUCAUCACCAGCAGAUUUUGUGGCAAUGUGGCGCCCCCUACAGUAAACACCAACAGCAGCACGGUGUGGGUGACAUUCCGUUCAGACAGCAGCUUUGCGGGUGGUGGAUUCACCGCACAGUAUCAGGCUAUUUUGCCCCACCAAAAGGGAUGCUUCCGUGAUGAAUUCCUCUGUGAUGGUGGGCGCUGUGUAUUUCCUGUGUCUGUCUGCGACGGACAGCCCAACUGCCAGGACCGCAGCGACGAGGCCAACUGCAAAUACAAACAUAAAGACUGUGGAGGGCAAAUGACUGGAACAGCGGGAUCACUGUCAAGUCCAAACCACCCCAAACCUUACCCACACCAGCAGCUGUGCAGGUGGCAGAUAACUGUUGCAGAGGGUCAUGUUAUCAGUCUGAAGUUCCACAACUUUAGCCUGGAAAGUCAGGAGACGUGCCAGUUUGAUUAUGUUGAAGUGCACGACAGCGGACGCACAGGGGAUGGCAGAGUACUGGGCAGGUUCUGUGGCACCAGCCGGCCCCCUGAGCUGACCUCCUCGGGACCCCUGAUGACUGUUCUGUUCGUGGCCGAUGAAGGCGUAGCGGACAGUGGCUUCCUUGCAUCAUACCAGGCCAUCGCCCUGUCAGAGAGAAGCUGCAGCCCAGAGCGGUUCACCUGCGGCAGUGGUGAGUGCGUGCACCAGAACUGGCUGUGCGACGGCUGGAACGACUGCGUAGAUGGUGCAGACGAGCGUGGCUGCCACAAUGCCACCUACGUCCCUUUCGAUUCCUCUUGUGAGCCAAUUAAGGUGGAGAUGUGCCACGGCCUGAGCUACAACUUCACCUCAUUCCCCAACAUCUGGCUCUCCAUUACUGACCAGAGGGAGGCUUCUGCUGUGCUCCGACAGUACAAGGUGCUGAUGGAGGUGCCGUGUUUCCAGGCCCUGCGCAGGCUAGUGUGCGCAGUAGUGGUGCCCCAGUGCAGCCCACAGGGUGGUGUACUGCAGCCCUGCCGCUCCAUUUGUAUCAGCACGCAGCAGCAGUGCAGCCAGGCACUGGAGCUGCUAACUCUCAGCUGGCCCUUUAACUGCCUGCUCUUUCCAGAUGGCCGUGAGCAGGUGGAGUGUGCCCUACCCUAGCUCCCAAGGUGGCCCCCAGAUCUCAUCUCCUAAAGCAGUGUUUCUUAAACUGGUCCUCGUUGAUGGCCAGAUGGUACACGUUUUUGCUCCCUCCCAGCAAAUUGAGAGAGAGCAAAAACAUGAACCAUCUGGGGUUACCAGAGGACUGGUUUGGGAAUCACUGCCCUAAAGCACCUUCCCCUGGACCAUGACCCACUCUCUGAUAUCCUAAAACCCCGUCUCACUAGACUCACUGCUCAUCAGAGACAUGUCUCAUUAAGUAUGGCAGUGUUUUUUUCAAUUAGGAAAUGUUAAAAAUACUAGGAAAAGUUAAACACUGAAAUAUGUUCCACUUAAACAUCUAAACUGAAGAAUCAUAGAGAUUUUCUAAAUCACCAUCCUGACGAGAUUAGCUGAGUAGGCACAGAAGCCCUUUAUUGCAUGCAAGAUCAAGUGUGUCAUACAAAGAACUACACCAUUCUAUAAAGGUUCAACUGGACUAAAGCUUAUCAUUACUUUAGUUUUCUCUUUAUUUAUUGGCAAAAAACUUAACCACAACACUUUGAUUUCAGCACUUGUUUGAAAUGUUCAGUUUUCCCGUCACGUUAACCGAUUUGUCAACAUAUUUGUCUCAACCACAUUCGUUGUGGUUGCUUGUUUCUUAAAGGAAGUGGUUAUUUGCUAGUGCUGAGUUCACAGGGCCAUCUCAAAAACUUAAGUCUAUGACAUUUGGAAGCUUGUCACAUACACACCAACGGUUCAGGUGUACUCAAUAAUGUCUACACUUCUUUCACAGAAGUUUUUGCUAUAAUUGAUGUUGGGUGUGAUAAAAAAUCCUGCUCCAGCUGAGUGAAUAUUUUCCAUAAUUCCAAAAUUUUCCAUAAUUCUUGCACUAAAGCAGUAGUUCUCAGACUUUUUACACCUUGUGACACUGAGGGGGGUGAUGGUUAAAUAUGUGGGGGGGUUGAGGUUUGUUGGUGAGGACAGUAACACUUUACGGGUUCUCAUUUGUCAUACCCUUGCACCAUUAAAUUCAGCCCUGUAACAGAUACCUUUGCAUACCAAUAGGUGGCGAUGUUGCAUAAUUUGAGAACCACUGCACUGCAGCUCAAUGUAGAAACAAUGACUUUGUGUCAUAAAUGAUACACAGCAGUGAUAUGAGCAAAUACCCGUUACAUCUGUAAUAGGUAUUUGUAUACGUUCUAAGUAAUUUAAUACCUUCAAAGCAAACUGAUGUUCACUCAGUAAGAGUGUGAUACAGGCUUGAAGCCAUUUUUACAGGAGGGACAACCUCAUUGUAAGUUUGUCCUUCUUCAAAGAGGCCAAAAUGAUGACAAACACUCUUAUGAGAACUUGAGAUACCACAGAAGCUGAGGUUCUGCACCACAGCCACACAGAGCACCUUCGCCUACAUUCUGUGCAUUUGCAUGACACGUACUGGAAAAUAAUGUAAACAGUUUGAAAAUUGUGGUUUUUCUGGCAAAAACUUUGGGGGUUUUUUGCAUUUCAAAAAAGAAUGUAGGAGAUGACAGUUAGUUCUCCCAGAGUUACUAACUCACUAACCCACUUCCUGAAAGCACAUCUUAAUAUUGUACUUCUUGCAGUCUGUUAAAUAUGGCUUCAAACGCUGCCUCUUGAUUCAUCUGAAAAUAGUUCCUUAAAGUGCAUAUAACUUUAAAGUGUUAACAGCCUAAGAAUAAACUGCACACAAAUAUCUGGAUAUAAUUUGACAAUCGUUGAU